CGGUUCCGGAGUGGAGGGCGAGUUAGGAGCAUCUGAAGCUGGGACCGCAAGCUCGCAGUCGCCCUGUGAACCUCGGGCUCUGCAGCGUACGCUACUGGGCGGGGCGUCAUGGCCAGGGCUUGAAAGCCGCUCGCUCAGGCCUAAGUUUCCUCAGCUGUGCAUUGGGACCAGGUGCGGCGCCGCCUCCAGGGCCGGCCCUGAAGAGAGGCCGCACCCUCACUGGGACUGCAUCUCCCAGAGUGCCCUGCGGGCGACCGGACUCCAUCUCCCAGAGCGCCCCGCGGGCGGCCGGGCAGCGGGACUCCGUCUCCUGCAGUGCCUUUCGGGCGGUCGGGCGGCGAUUGCCGCAACCGACAGGCCCGGGACCCGGCGCAGUGGCCUCUUCCCUGCGUCGGGGGCGGUGGCCUCGCCGGGCAGCGUCCCGGCGGCAGCGCGAUGGACAGCCCCGAGGUGACCUUCACUCUCGCCUAUCUGGUCUUCGCCGUGUGCUUCGUGUUCACGCCCAACGAGUUCCACGCGGCGGGGCUCACGGUGCAGAACCUGCUGUCGGGCUGGCUGGGCAGCGAGGACGCCGCCUUCGUGCCCUUCCACCUGCGCCGCACGGCCGCCACGCUGCUGUGCCACUCGCUGCUGCCGCUCGGCUACUAUGUGGGCAUGGGCCUCGCAGCUUCAGAAAAGCGGCUCCACUCCCCCAGCCAGACCCCUGAGGCCUGGCGGCUCUUCCUGUUGCUGGCUGUGACCCUCCCCUCCGUCACCUGCAUCCUGAUCUACUACUGGUCCCGUGACCGGUGGGCCUGCCACCCACUGGCCCGCGCCCUGGCGCUCUACGCCCUCCCACAAUCUGGCUGGCAGGCUGUUGCCACCUCCGUCAACACCGAGUUCCGGAGGAUUGACAAGUUUGCCACUGGCGCACUGGGUGCCCGUGUGAUUGUGACAGACACGUGGGUGAUGAAGGUGACCACCUACCGAGUGCAUGUGGCGCAGCAGCAGGAUGUGCACCUGACUGUGACAGAGUCCCGACAGCACGAGCUCUCGCCAGACUCCAGCCUGCCUGUGCAGCUCCUCACCAUCCGAGUGGCCAGUGCCAACCCUGCAGUACAGGCCUUUGACAUCCGGCUGAACUCCACUGAGUAUGGGGAGCUGUGUGAGAAGCUCCGGGCACCCAUCCGCAGUGCGGCCCAUGUGGUCAUCCACCAGAGCCUGGGCGACCUGUUCCUGGAGACAUUUGCCUCCCUGGUAGAGGUCAACCCUGCCUACUCAGUGCCCAGCAGCCAGGAGCUGGAGGCCUGCAUAGGCUGCAUGCAGACGCGUGCCAGCGUGAAGCUGGUGAAGACCUGCCAGGAGGCGGCGGUGGGCGAGUGCCAGCAGUGCUACUGCCGCCCCAUGUGGUGCCUCACUUGCAUGGGCAGGUGGUUUGCCAGCCGCCAGGACCCCCUACGUCCCGACACCUGGCUGGCCAGCCGCGUGCCCUGCCCCACCUGCCAUGCACACUUCUGUAUCCUGGAUGUGUGCACCAUACGCUGAGUGGGCUGGGGCUUGAGGAUCCUGGUGACUCUGUGUUCCCCCAGCCACAGGGUGGGGAGGGGGUGGCUGGGCCUCUGAGUUGGCAAAGGGCUCUACCUAAAGCACUUGAUCUGUAGCAACUCGCCUCUGCCCUGGGUCUGCAGAAGGCUGAGGACUUUUGGUUAAAAGCAAUCCUCAUGAACACACCCCACCCUGCUCAGCAGCCAGGGGACAAGUCCUUGGCACCUCCUCUUUGCCUCCCUCCCGUCCCUUCCUGCAGGUAGGGGCAAGUACUGCACACACACACACAACACAGCAUUUGCCCCGAGGCCAUUUCCUGGAGACCCCGGGUCUGCUCCAGUGGUCCUCACCUGGGCCACUUGCCUUAAUUCUCUGGAGCAAACCCACCCUCAUUUACGUGCCAGACCCAGAUCAGCUUUCUCCCGCCCUGUCCUGGAGCUGCCCCUGGCUGCCUGGAGAGCCCUGGGUAUGUUCCGAGGAUGGGGUGGAGAACAGGGCACGGCUCCGGUGUGGGAGUAGCCCUGGGGCUUCCUGGUGGCUUUGGCAUUGGGGGGCCGUUCCUGGGUGGCGUGGCAGGCCAGGCCAGAGUGCCCUCAUUAGUGGAACUGUCUCCUCAGGGUUUCUCACCCUGUCCUUGGUGCCUUCUGCUGCUCCCAGAAGUCCAGGGAAGGCAGAGGCCUCAGACUCCUGGAUGGGGUGGGGUUUGAGCCGAGGACCAAAGUGUCACAGUGACAUCCAGAACACAAGCCCACAGGGCAUCCUGCACAGGCUGCCCACUCCACUAGGGCCUACCGGGUUCAGAAGGGUAUGCACGCUUGCUGUGGUUGAAGCUCUGGUGAGCGGUCUUGCCUGGUUCCUGAUGGGCGGAGGCGGAGGCGGAGGCUUUGUCCAGGCUCCAGGGCACAGCCCUGACUACUGGAGUGGCUCUCACACCUUCGGCCCUGGGCGUGGCUGAUUCCAGCAGCAGUGAUGGACUCAGGUGGCCUGACCCCCAGGACUGGGAGGCUUCCUGAGGCACUCAGAAGGUAAAGGCAGCAGGGGCCGUGGCCAGGAGCCAGACCUAGCUGUGGUUCUGAGUUUUAAGGGCUGCCAAAGAGGGUCAGCGGGUUGGGGUUGUUUUUACUACAAAAGAAGUUAGUUUUAUAAAGACAAACCUAUUGUAGCCAAAUGACAGUGUAUUUAAUAAAAUUUGGUUUGAAGUGAUACAUCGUGUUAUGUGUGGCCUGAUACUAAAACCAUGCUUUUGUAGUAGAGAGUGGCCUGGGGGUGGUGGAGAGCCAACUUAGAGGUGGAAUUGUGCGCGUGCCCUGCUUUGUUCAGCAUAAGGAGGAAAAGCCCAUUGGUUGGGAGGCAGGUGCAGCAGGAACCUUCCCCUGAUUCCUAGUUGGGGACUCGGGGGUCUUGGGAACCUCCACCCAGGGUCAUCUGCAGAAGCAGGGCGGCAGGGGCACUGACCGAUUGAUCCCUGCAGGUCCAAGAUCUCUUGCAGAGAUACAUCCUGGGGGGACGUCACUGUGUGGUUGCCGCUGUAGCCGCUUCCAGAUUCAGGAUGUGAUGUGGGGACAUGUGGGUGGCCGAGGAGUGACUAGCCCUUUGGGUUGACUUGCGCUUGCAGCUGCGUCUGUAGGAACGCCAGGCUGUCUCUGACCUCACUGUGUAUCAGGGUGGCCCAGGAAUUGCCAGCCAAACACCCGGCGUUCCCGACAGCACUGGGCCCGCAGGGGAGCACCCCAGCAACUGGAACGGUGAAUGCUGGCCGCUGUUUCCCAUUCUGCUUCUCGACCCACGGAAUGGUUUUUGGGGAAAUAGUAUACCUAACCCUGUUGAAAGAUAUGACCAGUGGACUUGGGUUUUCUGUGCUGAGUGGCUUCAGAUUCUUUCCAGUGUGGUGCUUUCACUGGUAUUCUUUUGCAUGCACAAAAUACCAGGCACUGCUUUUUUUUUUGAGACAGAGUCUUGCUCUGUCGCCCAGGCUUCAGUGCCAUGGCCUGAUCCCAACUCAGUGCAACCUCUGCCUAUCGGGCUCAAGUGAUUCUUCGCCUUAGCCUCCUGAGUAGCUGGGAUUACAGGUAUGCACCACCACACCCGGCUAAUGCUUGUAUUUUCAGUAGAGACAGGGUUUCACCACAUUAGCCAGGCUGUCAGGUACUGCUCAAGGCUGGUGUUUGUUGAGCUAUUAGAGAAAGAAUAACGGGCUGGGCGCGCUGGCUCACACUUGUAAUCCCAGCACUUUGGGAAGCUGAGGUGGGCACAUUACCUGAGGUCGGGAGUUUGAGACCAGCC